CAAGCCAACCACCAUUGCCAGCCGGCGUAGCAGCUUGCUUCUCUGAUGCAUGGUUUCUUGUCUUGACCAGCUACACAACCACAUUGCUGUUGGUGCGGUCUAGCAUGUGUGCAAGAAAGGCCAGGGCCACUGCUGCACCGGCCAAGCCUGCCACCAAGAGGUGCUGGAGAAGCAUCUCCAGGAAGAGCUUGGAAGAGGAACCCAUGGCUUCUUCUUCUACCGCUACCUCCUGCAUAGCUUGGAAUGGCGCCGAGGACAAGGAGGAGGAGAAGAAGAGCAAGUGUGAGCUCAUCAGGUACGAGGCGCUGCCUGACUGGCUCAAGGACAACGAGUUCAUCCAUGGCUACUACCGGUGCGAGUGGCCGAUGAAGGAGACCAUCCUCAGCAUCUUCUCCAUCCACAACGAGACCCUCAACGUUUGGUCGCAUUUGAUAGGGUUCCUGCUGUUCUUGUGCCUGACAGUCUUCACAGCAAUGGUGAUCCCAAGGGACGGCAGCAGCAGCAGCAGCUGGAGCAGCCGUAGCAGCUCUGCAUACUGGGGGAAUCUGGUGGAGAUGGCCAACAUGACGGUGGCGCUGAGGCACGAGGCACUUGCAGCGUGUUUCCUGCUGCCACCAUCUGCCGCUGCAGGACCUGGUUUGUCUGAAGAUGGUCAGCAGAUCCCAACCAGCUGUCCACCCAACACAUCCUCCUCUCAUCAUCGUCACCAUGGCAUCCAGAUCCAGGCCGCGCCCCUCGCGGGAAGGCUUACGGCCACGGACGCGCUCGCCGCCGCCGAGCCCGUCACGCGGUGGCCGCUGUUCGCGUACCUCGGCGGCGCGAUGCUGUGCCUGCUGACGAGCAGCGCGUGCCACCUGAUCCUGUGCCACUCGGAGCGCACGGCGUACGUGACGCUCCGCCUGGACUACGCCGGCAUCGCGUCCCUGAUCGUCACCUCCUUCUACCCGCUGGCCUACUACUCCUUCCUCUGCGCCCCCGCCCUGCGGCGCCUGUACAUGGGCUCCAUCACGGCGCUGGGCGCCGCCGCCGCGACGGUGUCGCUGGUGCCGGCGUUCCAGGCGCCGGAGCUCCGCCCGCUCCGCGCCGCACUCUUCUCGUGCAUGGGCGCGUCCGGGGUGGUGCCCAUCGCGCACAAGCUCGUGCUGUACGGCGGGACGGCCCCCGGCGCCGUGGCCUCGGCGGCGUACGAGGCGCUCAUGGGCGCGCUCUACGGGCUCGGCGUCGCCGUGUACGCGGCGCGCGUGCCCGAGCGGUGGGCGCCCGGCAGGUUCGACCUCGUCGGGCACAGCCACCAGCUGUUCCACCUCUUCGUCGUCGCCGGCGCGUACGCGCACUACCUCGCUGGGGUCGAGUACCUCAAGUGGAGGGACGUCGACAAGUGCUAGCCGGCCGGCCGGCGACGGCGUGGCGGCGCUGCUAGGAAGGGAAGCUGUGCUCGUGCUAUAGAUUAUGUAAUGGGGUGUAUACCAACAAGAGUACCUGGGCUAGUAGAUUAAUAGUAGUUAGUAGAUACAUCAUUGGGAUGAUUGUUUUUUCUAAUUUGUGCACUGAUUGGAUCAUCAAGGGGUGUAAAACAGAUUACUAUAUAUGUGUGUUACCAUCUC